AUGGACAUCUCCAAGGACAUCAUCCCCAACAUGGCCGACAAGACUGGCAGACAAGAUGACUCAAGCGAUGUCAUCGCCACUCCUUACAUCACCUCCCUUCAAUCUGUCUCUGUUCACCAUCACCGCCGUGAUAGUGUCUCGGUCAAGUCAGACCCACCCUCCACUCACACUCACCACACCGUCACCACUCACCACCCCGUCACCAUCACCACCCCCACCACCACCACCUUCAACGACAACACCGCAAACUGGCGCGAGCUAAGCCAGCCCAGGGCAAGAAGAUUGAUUGCCCGGCAUGGAACUACAUAUACCUCCUUGACAAAGCUCGGCAGCAGCGGCAGGACUACCUCCCUGCACCACAUCCUCGGUAGAGGUAGGCAUGAGGAAGGCGCUCAGGAUAUGUCUGGCUCAGAGCUUCGUAUGCAUUUCGCUUCACUCGAUAAGACCGCGGUCGCGACUAGUAUCGAAGAGCGUAUUAGGAGUGUGGAAGUGGAACUGAAUAGAUUGAGAGAGGAGAGGGAAAAGAUGGUGAGGGAGUUGGGGGAUAAGAUGGAGAGGGCAGAUGUGGAUGAAAGGUGA